AUGGCCUUUGAAAGCCUGUUCUCCAAGCCCCCAAACCCAGUUCUUGACCAAAACAUGCCCGACUCUGACAGGCAACAUGCAGGGGACGAAAGGUCGAGUAACGUUCUUCUCUCUCUCUCUCUCUCUUUUUUCUUUCUCUCCGCUUCUCAAUGGUGAUAAUAACUAAGAAUGUGAGAUGAUGGUCGUGGUAAUAAUGAUGAUGAUAAUGAUAUUGUCUUAAAUGUACCUAGGUGGGGUUUUUUUUAAAUUUAAAAUGUAUGUAACAUUGUACUGGGGAGGGGAGUCACCUUCAGCCUGAGGGAGGAGGGGGGUGUUCUUAAUUCAGGAACAAGGAUGUCUUUUGAGGAGGGGUUUUUUUUUUGUCUCUUCAAGGUGCAUUUUGCAUGCAUUUCCCCCCCCCUCACAUUUCAUUAUCUUUUUAAAAAAUCCCAUCUUUUCAUAAAAUGCACUUUACAUUGGGUGUCUGUAUAAUGUCACUGUUGUUCUUAUCCUCCCGUAUAUCCCUUACUGCCAUUUGAAAUCAAAGAGUGUGUUUCUCUCCCCUCCCCCCUUUAUACAUGGAGCUACAUGUAAAUGUUUACACCUUACACAUUUAACUGGCUCUCUCUUUGUGCAGGUGAAGUUCUGUUGGAUUUUAUCUUUUCCACCUUUCAAUCCCUUUGAGCCAAGACACCAGAGGGUUUUUUUUUCCUGGUUGAGGUCUUGUGCCUUGCUCUGUUUUCUCCAGCCUCUUGUUUUCAUAAGAUCUGGCUCUUCUCAGUUGGUUAAAAAAAGGGGGAACCUCUCUGAAAUUAUUGAUCUGUCAUUCACCAACAUGUAUUCAAAUCUUGUUCCUUAGAACACCGUUUGUAAUUGUAUUCCCCAUAACAGCAAGCCUACCCAUGGUCCACAUUCCCCAACAACCAUGUACAAUACUGGUUUAUCAAAGUGGUAAAAAAAAACAUAACAUAACCCCUAAUUCAUGUAGUAGCAUUGUAGGUUGUAUACUGCUUUCAUCUUUUAUAAGCCAGGAUACAGAGACAAAAUGGCAAUUAAAAUGACUUGGACAGAGCUACAGUGAAUCGGACUGGGCCUUGUAUCUCAGAUCUACAUAUCAGCAGUCCUUCAUAGCUGUAGCAGUUUAAAAUGUUCAUGAAACAGUUUGUACUGCAAAGGAUACUACCUGGUGCAGUAUUGUUACUUUUAACAUAGUCAUAAAUGCAGCAUGAGUUGUCCAGCAAAUAUUAGUUAAAGGAAAGGCUUGCACAUUACUGAAUUAUUAAUAGACCUGGUGCUAAUCAUCCUAGGAGUUCUUAAGAGAUAUUACUCUUUUGAAAGGGGAACUAAUAAGGGGAAAUCAAAGAUUACUACAUCAUGCAAUGUGUUCUCGUAGACAUUUAAAAACAAAAAGUAUGUCAGAAAAGCAGGUGACCCUCAAAUCUAUUGACAAGCAAAUCUUCUGAGAUACAUUGGAAUUGUACUAAGUAGUUUAAGCACAGCCAAAGCCUGUAAACUUGUAUCACUUUGCAGAAAUUGCAGCUCCUAAUGAACUAAUUCCCCUGCUAGCCUGUCAAAUCUCUGAAUUUUUUAUGUUUCUUUCUAACUCCCAAUAAUAAAUUAGACCUUUUUAUAGGUAGAUAAUUUUAAUAUUGGGAUUCCCUGAAUUGUUGUUGGAAAAACAAGAAACACAGGGGUUGUGAUUCCUUGUUUUUCAACAGUAGCAGAUGCUCUUUCUGCAGAAUCUCAGAAACAGUUAAGUUGCAAAACAAGAGGGAAAGUCUACAUGGAGAAAUUUAAAAUACAAUGGGAAUCCUUAGUUCUUUCGUGCCAUACAUUAAAGCAAAUAGAGAUAGGGCUGCUACUUUUGAAUUGAAGAUAUAUUUUGUUUUGUUUUGACAUAAGACAUCUGGGGCAAGGAACUCUGCAAAUGUUUAGCAGAUGUUUCCAUCCUAGUCCUUGGAGGCCCAACUGCCCGUUUUACUGCCCCACUUAUUGCACUGAGUGUAACUUACUAUGUACAGCAGACAGAAAAGGAGGGUGUUUGAAAUGUUGAGUGUUGGAGUCUUAGAAUUUGCUAGAAUAAAUAAUAUAUAGUUAAAUGGGAACACUUGGUGCCUAUGAACUUGUUAUUGUACACCAGUAGUACUAUUCUUAAUCUAUAUCAGAGUUGAACCUUAUAGUUUUCUCUUUUCAAUAUAACUUAACACAGCACUGUUGGACAGAAUUAGAUUCCACUGUAUACAAGAGCCAGAUCUUUUUCUGUUUAUAGCUAGAUUAAUCUAAUUUAUAAGCAUUGAUCACAUCAGUGGUAGCCAACAUGGUGUCUUCUGAAUGCUUUGGAAUACAACUGCCAUAAUCCCUGAUCAUUCACCAUGCUGGCUGGAGAUGGUUGUUGUCCAGACAUAUAGAGAGCACCAUGCUGAAUACCCUUGCUUCACAUUAAGAAAAUACUAAUAGAGCUAUUUUCUCAUUUUGUGCUCUUAGAUUCCCCCCCCCUUGCAUUAAUGAACACAUUUUAACUGCAUAUUUAAAGGGUUAUCUUUUUCAUCUCACAUUAAAUUUUAACUUGAAUAUACUAGAUUUGUAGAUCUGUGGAGUUUAGUUAACAGGGAAGCAAGUAAAUUCUUGCAUCUCAGUUGCAAGAAUGAAAACCAUAUUAAAAGCUCCCACUUCUAAACAGGUCAGUUUAGAAAAAGAACAAUUAGAUAAAUUUUGGAGAGGUUUUUAAAAAAUCAAAUCCUUUUUCUCAGAAUAAGAGUGUAAGGUUUACUGUUACUGGAGGAUCAAAAUAUAUCAUGAUGCUGUUCAUGCUAAACUAGUUUGGCCCUUCAGAUAUGUUUUAAAACUAAAGGUAUGUACAGUGGUACCUUGGUUUACGAACUUAAUCCGUUCUGAAAGUCCGUUCUUAAACCAAGGUGUGCUAUCCCAUAGCAGCAGGGGACUCAAUUUACAAAUGGAACACACUCAACAGGAAGUGAAACAUGUUCUGCUUCCAAGGCAAAGUUCACAAACCAAAACACCUACUUCCAGGCUUGCAGCAUUCUUAAUCCAAGUUGGUCAUAAAUUAAGCUGUCCUUAAACCAAGCUACCACUGUAUAUGGCAAAAGUGCAUAUUUCAAAUGCAGUUUCUGCAUAACUAAGAUGGUGGAAUGUUAAUAGUUACAAAAUUACACCAACCCACAUUCCUGAGACUAACUUUGAUAAACAUUUGAUUACAGUGGUACCUCGGGUUACAUACGCAUCAGGUUACAGACUCCGCUAACCCAGAAAUAGUACCUCGGGUUAAGAAUUUUGCUUCAGGAUGAGAACAGAAAUCGCGCUGCGGCGGCGUGGCAGCAGCGGGAGGCCCCAUUAGCUAAAGUGGUGCUUCAGGUUAAGAACAGUUUCAGGUUAAGAAUGGACCUCCGGAACAAAUGAAGUACAUAACCAGAGGUACCACUGUAUUAAACUAAAGAUAUGUUUAUGGCGCAUUGCAUAUAUUAGUAGAUGCCACACAAGUCAUCUAAUUUAAACCUUCAGUAUUGAGACCACUCCUGGUAUCCAAAUGCUGGAACCCUCCAAAGGAGGAGACUUUCUGUUUUCUAAUCAGUUCCUUAGCUAGUUAUCCUUGUGUGUAUAGUCCUUGUUUAUGUCUAAUACAAUACACUGCCUUUGUGGAAUUUAAUUUUGUGUUUUUCACUGAGCACAAGGUUAUCAAGUUGUGUGUGUGUACUUAGAUGAUUUUGGGGGGGGAUCAGUGUUAAGGCAUGCAGUGUUGAGCAACUAUGGUACAUCUCUCAAGUAAAAGGUAAAGGGACCCCUGACCAUUAGGUCUAGUCAUGGCCGACUCUGGGGUUGCGGUGCUCAUCUCGCUUUAUUGGCCGAGGGAGGCAGCGUACAGCUUUCAGGUCAUGUGGCCAGCAUGACUAAGCCGCUUCUGGUGAACCAGAGAAGCGCACGGAAACGCUGUUUACCUUCCUGCCGGAGCGGUAACUAUUUAUCUACUUGCACUUUGACGUGCUUUCAAACUGCUAGGUUGGCAGGAGCUGGGACAGAGCAACGGGAGCUCACCCCAUCAUGAGGCUUUGAACCGCCAACCUUCUGAUCAGCAAGCCCUAGGCUCUGUGGUUUAACCCACAGCGCCACCUGCAUCCCUACAUCUCUCAAGUACUUUUUAACUAUUUGCCAUAGCUCUGGCAGUACAAGAUGCCCAAAAGAAUUGUUUCCUCAAGAGUUGUAGUUGGCUUUUGCAACAUACCUAGUCAGCAUUUACCAAUUGUUGAAAUGUAGACAAAGUUUUUUCAAGUAACAUUUCAUGAAAAAGCUGAACAAUAGCAGCUUGAGGUGGUACUGUCCAGAAGCAAAUUAACCACUUCAUCUGCUGUUUGAAUAAACUUGAUCAGAGGCCUUUGAUACAGCGAUAAUUUAGUUCUCUCUACCCCAACCAAUGUACUGAACAAAUGGUUGCCUGUAUGUCCUGUUAUACUUAAAGUUGGUUGAGAUUUCUCUGUUCAUUAUUUUUUUCUGAGCAUAUAUGUAGUUGGUCUUUGCAGAUUUUACCAGAGCCUGAAAUAAAUGCUUUGAUUUCUUUUAUCAAUCAUUGACAAUUCUACCCAGAGGCAAAUUGCAAUCAUGCUGUUAUUCACUAUGGCAGAGGAAUCUCACCCUGUGCAUGUUGUGAGGCAUUCUGGUACAUAAGAAGAGCCUCCUGCAGGGCCGGGCCAGUGGCCCACCCCACCCAGCCUCCUUAGCUUUCACAGUGUCCAGCCAGAUGUCCCCAUGGGUGACCCUAAGAGCAGGAUCCGUGCACAAGGGUACUUUCUCCCUUCCUGUGGCUUCCAGCAACUGGGAUUCAUCCUAUGCCCUUUUAAAAUGCGGGGGGCUUUGGGGGGCGUGUUAUUGGGCUGUUGUUUUUAUUUUGAUUAUAUACUGUAGUGGUUUUAUAUUCUGAUUUUGUUCUGUAAACCGCCCUGAGACCUCCAGGUAUAGGGCGGUAUAUAAAUUCAGUUAAUAAUAAUAAUAAGCAUACUCACAUAUACCUUAAUCCAGGGUUAAAUCCAUCCCUCCUACACCUCAUUGAUCAGCAGCUGUUAACCUUAAGGUAGACAUUAAAAAUAAAUAAAUUAAGAGAUCAUACUAAAUUUGUGAGAUGUGUUUUGUUUUAGUUUUCCUUCAAACACAAGUAGCCUAUUUUGAGAAGAGUUUAACUUCAGUACUUUAGAGAGCCUUCCUUUUUAACUGAUGUGCUACACCACUUAACAUAACAUCACUGUUCUUGCAUAGUUCAUUAUUUCUAUAUUACAAAGUGCAUUUCAAUUAUGAAAUUCAUUUACACUUGCAAUAACCCUGUAAAGUAAAUUAACCAGAAAAUAAUUAUUUGUGCAAGGCUAGAAGUACAGGACUUAGAAAAUAGAUUUCCAUGCUCUGUAUUAAGUGUAGUUAAGAUUAUUCUUCCUAACAAAUUGUAUAUGUUAUUAUUUUAAAUUGUAUAUCGUAUAUUUUCACAACCAAACUAAAUAACAUUGCUGUCACAUGUGAUCAGUGUUAUCAUAGUAAAUCAAUACCAAACAGUGUUCCCAUAAGAACCUGCCUGAUAGUUAAGGUAUGCAAUAGAACCCUCUUUUCCAGGGGCCCUUCAUAAGUGAGUCAGGAUGAGGCCUCACUUCACUAGGCAAGUGAAGGAGGCAUCUACACUAGCAUCAUUUAGUUCAGAACUACUAUAUUCACCUGGGCAAUUAAUUAAUGUUUUUUAAUUGCUUUUUAAUAGAUUUAGCUGCUUUAUUGGUUUUGUCAGCUUUUCGUGUCUUGGUUUAUUUAUUAAUGUAUUAAUAGUUUUUAGGUUUAUGUUUUUAUGCAUUUCAUAGUGGUGAGCUUUGGGAACUUUAAAAUCAAAAGUGUUUUUAGUAUUCAUUAAACUGCCUAUAAUUUUAAGGUAGUACACUGAAGCUAUGUAAUCCUUGCAUGCCGCUGUUUCUUAAAAUGCAAACAAUACUAGAUACUACUAGUGUGUAAAUGUUAUGUAAUUGUUGUGGUUGUUGAACAAAUAAGCAUGGGAGGUGAUUGUACUAUUACUGUCAACUAUACCCCCUUAAAAAAUAAUAAUAUUCUAAUUCAUAUUGAAUCUAAACUAUUGUGACUUUAUAAAACAGAGAGGAUGGUGAACUCGAAGAUGGUGAAAUAGAUGAUGCUGGAUUUGAAGAGGAUAAGGAAGAACAAGAUGCAAAGGUUGAAGAUAAACAGAAAAAUGAAAAAACCCACAGAAAAUCCCGCAAGAAACGCAAAAAAGAAAAAGAUAAGAAAAAAUCAAAAAGGAGAAGACGAGAUAAACACAAGGUUAGAAUUAUUAGUCAAUAUUCUUUGCAACUCUAGUAAUUAUUUUUCCUUUACUCAAAGUAGUGUUAAAAUAAGUUAAGAAAUAUUGUUUAAUUAUUAAAUUUGUAUUCUGUUUGCCAUGUCUAGAGUGGCAAACAUUGAAAAUAUUUAAACUGUACAAUUUAAAUAGAAUAAAAACAUAUUUAAAACACUAAAACAAUUUAAGAAAAUUUAAAAACAUUCACAUAUCGUCACAGUUUUUAAUUUCACAGUUGCCAUGACCAUUAUCUACAGUCAUCAAAUGCCUGAGUAAACAAAAAUAUUUUAAAGUUUCUCCUGAAAGUCAAUAAUGAGGGAGAAAGGCACACCUCUCCAGGGAGGGCACUCUGCAAAUGGGAACCACCACCAGUAAGGCCCUGUAACAAGUGAGCACCAACUGGUUAUGUACAGAUUAUAAUGUGCCCAAGAGUAUUGGCCUACUAAAUCAUUAUUUGCUGGGUCCAACAUUCCUCACACCACAUGUGUACUGGGAAGUGUGCCAAAUAAUGUAUUGCAAUGUUUGCCUGUUCAUGAGGCUCAUGAGCUGCUCUAGUGCAUACAGCCAAAGUACAAGCUACCUUAAUUAUUAUUGGCAAUAAAUUAGCCCUCAUGGGGAUUUGAAUUGUAUGCCACUUCCCCACAAUCUGCUUCUCUUCCAAUUGACUUUACUGUAGCAUUUUAAAUACAAUAUAUAUAGUUCAUAUGCCUGCAUUAUACAAAUGAAAUCAUUCUUGUUUUUCAGCAUAAUUCCCCCUCUAGCAAUGACAGUUCUGACUAUAGCAUUGAUUCUGAUGCCGAACGAACAGAAAGAUCCCAUAAGAAAGGAUCUGGUUUCUACAGAGAUUAUGAGUCUUCAUUCAUUCAGGUACAGCUUCCAAAAUGUUCAUUCCAUCCAAAGUUAUAUAUCAUGCUGAUUUCCUGGCUUGUUACCAUUUUUUGGUGAUAUGGGGGCAAGAGAGGGCAACAGUUUCCCUUGUUACUUGUUAGUAAAGUUUCCAGUCAGAAUGAAUCAAUUUUUAUCCUCCCUCAUUUCUGGCCGAGUAUGAAAGCCUUCCAUUUACUUCUCAAUAGCUUCAAAAGUAAUUUGUGUCACUUUGAGUUUUACUGGGGCCAUGGGUUUCUUUUUUGCCUCUGCCAUAUUUAUUCAAAGAAAUGGAACCAGAGAUUAUUAAAGUAGAAUAUGUCUUUGCCUUGACUGCCAUUGAGAUUUUCAUUGUAGGAGUUUUGUGCAGUGUUUCAAUAUUCUUCAAAGGAUCAGUAACAGGCAUUCCUUACAGGGGAGUAGUAUCACUUUGUUCUCUGUUACAAAAGCUUCCUCUAGAUUCAUAUGGAAAGAGGACAUAUGAGUGACUCUGUUGAAGUAAAUCUCUCCCAGAAGUAAAAAUGAUCUCGCCCUAUGAGGGCUCUUGCUUUCCAUCCAAAACCUCCUUCCAUUACAGUCACCUCAGGUUGCGAACACUGCGGGUUGCACGUUUCUGGGAUGUGGACCGCGCCAAACCUGGAAGUACCGGAAUGGGUUACUUCCGAGUUUUGGCGCAUGCACAGAAGCUCAAAAUGACGUCAUUCACAGGAGCGCUGAAUAGCGUCACGUGCGUGCGCAGACACAGCGCUGCGGGUUGCAAACGUGCCUCCUGCACGGAUCAUGUUCGCAACCCGAGGUAUGACUGUAUUUGAAUAAAACAGGACUUCGUUGGGUUUUUCUUGGCUUCAUGUCUUCCCGAAUGAAGGAGCAUAUGCUUUCUCUUGACUAGUCUAACAGUUGCUCUGGGAGAAGAUAAAUGUCCAUUCAGAACCGCAAACAAUUUUAUUACUGCUUGACUUAUAAAAUCAGUAGUAAUUUCAUACUAUCUGGAGUUUAAGGUAGCACAGCCUUAUAUGGAUAUUUAUUUAUUUAUUUAUUUAUUUAUUUUAUUAUUAUUAUUAUAGACAAAACAUUAAAACAAUCAACACAUUCCAAAGAUCAUGUUGAGAGAGACAAUACAUAAGUGAACUGUGCAUCCUUAUUCCACACUUCCAAAAUAAUAUAUCAAAAAUUAUUAAAAUUAAAGGUGCUGGCAGAAUGAAGCCUAAAUUCAAAACAUCAUUUAUAUCACAUGAAAUGUUUUUGAUAUGGCUUGCAACCAAUUCAAAUUGAAAAUUCAUAAGGUGAAACCCAGAAAAAGGAGAUAAAUAUUCCAGACAUAGAGCAGGGAACCAACUCCUAUCAGCCCCAGCCAGCACAGGGAGUGGUGAUCAAAGAUGGUAGGGUUUUAGUUUACCAUAACUGUAGGGCCACAGGUUCCUCAACCCUGCAAAAUUUGCUACUAGCAUAGCGUUACUAAUCAUAAAUUUAUUCACAAUGCUGGAAGUCAUCAAAUUGGAUGUACUACAUCUAGAAAAAGGGUGGAACUGGCAUAAGAAUUGCUUCACUCUUACUGCCAGAAAAUGGGUUGCAAUAUCUUCAUGCUACAGAAAAUAAGUAAGAAUUUUUUCACUUGAAUCUAGUAGUUCUCAUUGGAGAAAUAAUUAAUGCUUACUGUAUUAUAUGCUUAUGUUUCAGCAUGUUUUCAUAAAUUUCUCUGCAAGCAAUGAGGACAGUUGAUCUUGCAAAAAACCAUUCCUUUGUGCUCCAAUUACUCUACUAAAAUUGAAUACUAAAAAUGUUAAUUUGCAUAAUUUUGACUUACUGCAGAAUUUCACUUUUGUGGGGAGCUGAAUUUGUGUUGACUUGGCAAACACUUAAUUGUGUGUGCCCUUUUUUGGCAGGGUAGUAUUGAUUCUGCCCAUGCAUCUGUGGUGUUUGUUACAACUUGAACUCUAAAGCAUGAGAAAAUCAUGUCCUUAGAAUGGUUUUUUAUUUAUUUGUUAUUGCUCAUUGCAACAGAAUGAUACAAAUAACUUGUUCAAUAAAGUCAUGUGUCUUUUGCCACAAAAUGAGCUAUUUAUAGAAUAACACCUGUAAAAAGAGUGUGUGAGCUGCUGCAUAGGAGGAGAAGCUGUUAAUUCUGCUUCUCCUUUCAUCCAUCUCCAGUAUUUGCAUGUAUACACUUGGCUUAGCAAAUUGGUAGUGCCAAAGUCUCUGCUAAAAACAGUUAUUUCUACUUUGGCCGCUCUUGUGUGAAAUACAGACAGAUUUGGAAGAAAUAGAAACUUAGUGAACCAUUUAUAUUAUCCACCCACUUCACCAGGGAGUCUUUCAGGAUCAGUAUUUGUUGCUCUCCCUAGAACAAUGGUUUGAGGGGACAGAAAGCUCUACUACAGUUUGGAGACACAACACCCAUAACCAAGUGAACAGAUCUGUGUUCAUCCCAUCAAUUCUCCAUCUAUCUAUGGAUAAUCAAGCACUAUAGGCAUCUUUGCACUGUCUUCAAUUUGCAACUGCACUACGCAUUUAAUGACUUGCAAAUAACAACCCUAAUUCAGGAUAGAAAAGUACACAUGAACACCAAUAAAAUGUUAUGUUUUCUUUGUAGAGAAAAUAGUGAGAGGUCAUAUCCUAAUGGUUUUCUAAUUAUUCUCUUUUGUCCAGCAUGGGCAUAUUUCAGGAAAAUACACCCCUUCACAGAAGUCACAGCAUACUAAAAAAUCAAAAAACAAAGAUUAUGAUAAUUACAGUGAUGAUUUUGUCUACAAUGAGGAUGAAAAAGAGGAUUUUGCUGACCAAUUAAAACAGUAUAGACAAGCUAAAGAAACUUCAAAUGCUGAUUUAGAUGCUCCAAUUUCAAAAGAAUCCAUGAAAAAGCAAGGAAUGAAAGGGAUUCAGAAAGGUAAGGCAUUGGUCUAAUGCUAGCUUAGUUUGUGUUAGAAACCCACCUAUGCAUAAUUACAGCAUUUACAGUGAAAUUGUGUUCAGAACAAGCAUUUUCCAUUGAAUGGCCUAGAAUGAAACUUUUUGGGGCCAAGUUCCAACUUCACUGUUUUGGAAGCUAGAGUUAAAAUGCUAUUUUAUAAUUUUAGAAAUGACCUUUAAAAACACUAUAGUUCUGACCUGGCAUGUAUGCCUUACGUGACAUCUUCACUCUGCAGAAAAGUACAGGUGGUAUGUAUGUACAUUCUUCUUUCAGGUCAGAAUCGUUAUGCUGAAAUGUGUUGGAUGUUUUUGUUUUUAGGUGCUACACAGACAAGCAAUAGUUACGGUAUUGGCCGAGGGCGUGGCAUGCAGAAGAAAAUGAAACGCAAAGACCGUGGAAGGGGAAGAGGGAUAAAUAAAGGUCCUGAAGAGGUAAUAAUAAUAAUAAAUUUUAUUUAUACCCCGCCCUCCCCAGCCAAGGCCAGGCUCAGGGCGGCUAACAAGCAAUAAUAAAAACAAGUUGAAUGAAUACAACUUAAAAACAAAAUUAAAAUCCAACAUUAAAAUAUUGAAACAUUAAAAUAUUAAAAUGUAGCCUCAUCACAGGAGGAGAAAGGAAAAGAAAAAAGAAAGAGGGGGAGGGAAUCAAAUUGGCUCCAAGCCAAAGGCCAGGCGGAACAACUCUGUCUUACAGGCCCUGCGGAAAGAAAUCAGAUCCUGCAGGGCCCUGGUCUCAUGAGGCAGAGCGUUCCACCAGGCCGGAGCCAGAGUUGAAAAGGCCCUGGCUCUGGUUGAAGCUAAUCUAACUUCCUUAGGGCACGGGACCACUAGGGUGUUGCUAUUUAUGGACCUUGAGGCUCUCCGUGGGGCAUACCGGGAGAGGCGGUCCUGUAGGUACGAGGGUCCUAGGCUGUGAAGGGCUUUAAAGGUCAAAACCAGCACCUUAAAUCUGGCCCUGUACUCCACCAGUGCAGCUGGAAAAGCACUGGGUGAAUAUGCUCCCAUGGCAGAGACCCCAUGAGGAGCCUCGCUGCAGCAUUCUGCACCCGCUGGAGUUUCUGGGACAGCUUCAAGGGCAGCCCCGCGUAGAGCGAAUUACAGUAGUCAAGCCUGGAGGUGAUCGUCGCAUGGAUCACUGUGGCCCGGUCGGGGCGGGAAAGGUAAUUGGAAUGGAAGUGGGUUAAGUUACGUUGAAACUUGGGAUUUCUGUUUAGUUUGCUGUGUAUAAUUUAGAAUACCGUAUUUACUUGAAUCUAAUGCUCUCCUUUUUUGGCUAAAUUACGUUGCAAAAAUUAAGGUGUGCAUUAGAUUCAAUGGCACAUUUACAUUCGCCAGCAAAUCCUUUUUUUGGUUUCAAGGUUUUGAAAACUGAGGUGCGCAUUAGAUUCGAUGGUGCAUUAGACUCAAAUAAAUACAGUAUUUAAUUUAGAAUAAGCAGCCCUUCAGUUAUUAUUACUCUGCGUCAUAGCUGUCAGAGCCAGUGUGGUGUAGUGGUUAAGAGCGGUAGUCUCGUAAUCUGGUGAACUGGGUUCGCUUCCCUGCUCCUCCACAUGCAGCUGCUGGGUGACCUUGGGCUAGUCACACUUCUCUGAAGUCUCUCAGCCCCACUCACCUCACAGAGUGUUUGUUGUGGGGGAGGAAGGGAAAGGAGAAUGUUAGCCGCUUUGAGACUCCUGAAGGGGAGUGAAAGGCGGGAUAUCAAAUCCAAACUCCUCUUCUUCUUCUGUCAACUUUUCCCUUUUCUUGCAAGGAAUCCUAUUCGGAAUAAGGGAAUUUCCCUUUAAAAAAGGGAAACGUUGACAGCUAUGCUCUGCAUCAUGUAGCUUCAGUAUUGCAGCCUUAAGGACACAUGCACUAUGAAAUGAACUUCUGGUAAUGCUAAGCUGGAGGAAGGCGUAGUAACAAUUUUGCAGUUUGGAAAAAUAAUGUGACUAAGAUAAAUAUUAGUAGUUGGCAGGUAGCAACAUUGGCAAAAUUAAAAUGAUACAGAGAACUAGGGCUAGUGAAGUCAGUAAUAGUAAAAUGUGUACAGCUAGGGGAAAGAGUGAAUGAAUUGUCAGUCCCAUCACCUUCCAUCACCACCACUAAAGACGAAGAAUGACAUGUUUUUCACAGCUUUGUUUCCUCAUAAGCAAAACGUCUAUGCCUAACACUAUGCCUAGCAUUUACCAUAACUAGAAUGUCAGUGACCAUACCUGUUUGUGUGGCCCUAUGCUUUUUGAGAAGCUUGACUAAAUCAUUUUAGUUUAUCAUUUUGAGUACUGUAACUUUGGAUCUUCAGUGACACUUUAGGUAACGAUGCAUUAAAACAGGAUGCUUGUUUUUACAGGAAAUAAAGCCUGUUAAGAAGUGGCCAACUAUGAGUCAGGCAUUCAUAAAUCAGCAUACUGUGGAACACAAAGGAAAACAAAUCUGUAAAUAUUUCCUAGAGGCACGAUGCAUUAAGGUGAAUAUACAGUUGUACUCUUUCUAGAAAGGGUAGGGGGAAUGUGUGGGUUUUAUUCCAGUUUGCUCAACACAUUUAUCAGCCCCCACCCCAACUGUUAAGUAUUUUUAAAGUACUAAAAAUAUAUUUAAAUUUAAAAUAUGGGUGUAUUUUGUUCAGUCAUUUUAUUUUUUGUGCAGGCUUUUAUAUUUAAUAUUGAAAGUGUGUAAUAUUUAAAUGGCAGCCAUGAUCUCCUUUUAUUGAAAUAGAAAAGCUUGAUUGUACAGUAUAUAGUAUAUCUUCUAGUGAGCUAUGUAAAUUAUUGCACAGAGUUGCAUCACUGUGAACAGAGCUGCUUAAACAUUUCUACCAGUCAGCUGUAGGAGAAAAUUCAAAAACUAUCAAUGCAUUCUGGCAGGCAAGUGUGAUAGGGCUUUUCCAGUGGUUUCACUUGUUUUUAGAAAUGACCUCCCCAAGAACUGCAUUCGGCUCCCUCCUUGAUUUAUUUCAAAGAAGCCCUAAAUAUUUUUCUUUUCCAAUCAGCUUUUGGUUAAUUUAGGGUGGCUAGCAUGCUGUGCUGGGAGUGAGAGGUCUAGCCGUGCUAUUUUCAUGCUUGUUUUUGUUUGUUUUUUAAUUUAAGAUCAAUAUUGUAUUGAUCUUGAUUGUUUAGGUAGCUGUGUUGUUUUAUUAUUUUGCUUUGGUUUUCUACUGUAAGCCGCUUUGGGAAAGGUCUAUGGUCCUGAAAAGUAUUAUAGAAAUGACUGAAAUAAAUACAAUUCUGAACAACUGCCAUCUGUUUAGUGUCAGUGCAGGUAUAGUUUCAUGUUCUGCUUUUUUAAUGAUUGGUUUGCCUUACAAAUAACUUCCUCCAACACCACUGGUGGGGGGGGGGAGGAAAAGCAGCGAACUAUGUUUGAUCAAACUUUCUCAUACUAUCAUUGAAAAUUCAACUUGAAAUACAAUAAUUCCACAUUUGGAGCUAAUAACCUCUUUUAUGUACACAGGGAGACCAGUGUAAAUUUGAUCAUGAUGCAGAAAUAGAGAAGAAAAAGGAAAUCUGCAAGUUUUAUAUACAGGGUUAUUGUUCCAAAGGAGAGAACUGCAUUUACAUGCAUAAUAUCCUUUUACAAAUAAUAUCCUAAAUAUAUUUUGUUUAAUAGUGUGUGUGUGUGUGUGUGUGUGUGUGUGUGUGUCUACAUAUACAUAUUAAUAUGACCUCAAAUAUAUAAUGUAAAUUAUAUUUUCAAAGUGAUAAAUAAUGGGAGUUCAUAGUCUUUGAUAUGUCACAGUAAGCGUUAUACUUAAUAUAUUGUUUAUACUUUGUUGUUAAAACAUCAAAAAUGCAGUGCUUACAAUUAAAGAGCAGGAGUCCAAAAUUUUGACUCUGCUUACAAGUCAUGCCUAUUAUUUGUGAUGCCCACUAAUUUUCCCCUUUCCUUACUCCUGUGCUAUGUUCAAAAGCCACACAGGAUGGGAGAGAAACUAUUUCUCCUUUCCUUUCUGGAGGGGUGGAGGAUCUAGGGAGAAAGGAGAGAUGAUUUGUCUCCUACAAGUUGGACUUUUGCAGAAAGCUUCAGCAGCAACCUGCUGCCACUUCCACCACCUCCUACAAAAGCCUAAUAGAAAGGCAAAGAGGCUACUCCAUUUUUCCUCAACAAAAUGGGCAAGAAAGGAGAGGGUCAAUUCUCUCUUCCUGUUGGGUUUUUGCUGGAAACAGCAAUGAGGUACUGCCAGAGCUGUUUGCAAAAGCCUAACUUCUCAUGGAGAAGCUACAUCUCUUUACCCCCAUGGAGGACUGGAGAGAAAGGGCUUCCACAAGCAGCAAUUUUGCCAAAUGGGAAAGAGGUGUUUUCUGCUGGUAAGCAGGUGAGUAAAUUUAUAGAAGGCAGAAAAUCUGAAUCCAAAACAUUAGCUGAGCAUGAUCCAUCCUGUUCCAUUAACAGUCAUGAGGAGUUCCCUUUAGGGAGCCCAAUAAGCCCACUCUCAAAGUGUUAUACUUGUUAGAAUCCUUAAUACUGGCUCACAUGAGUUCCCUUGCAAGUUCUAUCAUACAGGAGCUAAGUGCUACCACGGUGACAAGUGCAAGUUUUCUCAUGAUCCACUAACUAAAGAGUCGAAAGAACUCCUUGAUAAGGUGAGUAAUACUCCUUUGUAUCAACAGAAUACACCACAUCAUACUUUAAUAUGAAACUGAUAUUUCAAAUAAGCUGUUUUUCAAAACUAAGAAAAGUCUGUGGUGACCCGGUUUCAAAUUGAUUUUCCAAGGAGUCCAGUCAUGUUUAUCGAUAUUUCAGUUGCACAUGAUGUACAGUGUCAUCUGUCAACGUAGUAUAUUUUCAUGUAGAAAAAGCUAUUCUAGGCUUCAUAGAUUUUACCAGCAUCUCAUGAUGAAGACAAACAUCAUAUAAAAAGGGAGCUUACAGCAAGAUCCUUAGCUGAAGGGUGAACCUGGCGCCCCUCAGCUUUGCAAGGCUUGCACAUCACAGAUGUGCAUGCCAUUAAACUAAAUGCCAUCUUAGCAUUUGAUCUUGCCCCUCCUUUGUUUCACCAUCAGUUUAUUUUUUAUAGCACUGCUUACGCAUUUAUGCAUUACCCAUUUGUUUUCACCCUCCGCUUAAAAUGGGGAGGGAGGGGAUAAAUGGCAAAGCUCCAGAAAUUUUGGGAGAGGUUUCUUGUUCACUUCAUGGGUAGCAGCUAGUUAGCAAAGUGGACAGUCAGUUUCUGGCAGGACUGGACUUUUCCCCCUUAGUGGUAGAACCCAAAGAGGAAAAGCAUGUUUGGUCGGAGCAUUUUUAUGUUAGCCCCACUGAAGUAAAAAUGUUACAUCUGAUUUAAACUUUCUCCUUUCUUUUAACCCAUUAUCACCUUUUCCCUUUAGUUUUCCUCUUCAGGUAUUAUUCUUUGAAUCUCCUAACUGUUCAUACUGGUGUAGUGUAGUCUUACAGAAAUUGCAAGGUGCACAUCACUGCACACUAUCCAUGAAAUCAUAGGAUCCAAGGGUUCUGGGAUGGGCUUGUUGUCUAUUGACAGUGUUAGAAAAGAUUCUCCCCAAAGUCAACAUUUAAUUUCUUAGUCAUGGUCUAAUUGAAACUAGCUGAAAUAGUUGUUGCUAUUGAGGGAGAAACCACCAUCCAGUUCAGUUCAGAUCAGCGUACCAAAGAGUUGAACAUUCAUAGCAGUGAGCAGAUGUGAAGCCAAAAGUUUGGAUGGUGGACUGUACUCUGAUUGAUCUAAAUGUUAGAACAUAAUGUUCUGAAAACUUGGUUAGGUCUUUUAUAGGUGGCUUUUUUAAGGAGCUGCACUUCAAAAUGGUGUUUGAGAGAUUAAUUGGGGUAUAGUAUGUGAGUUAUUUUAAUCUUGUUUGAAUUCCAUGGAUGCUUUGACUUUUCUAUUUCGAAGAUUUGUAACCUACCCUGAUCCUUCAGGAUCAGAUCAGAUAGAAUCCCAGUUAGGGAGUUGUAUAGCAGCAACCAGAAUAUUAUGCAACAGAAACUUUUAUAACUCCGAGUAUAAUUUGUGUAUGUUUUAGGUACUGAAUACUGAAGAGGAGCCACAAAACGAUGAUGAAAAGGAAGUGGAGGAACUUCGGAAACGAGGCAUAGUUCCUCUUCCUAAGCCUCCUCCAGGAGUUGGGCUUUUGCCAACCCCACCAGAGCCGUAUUCAUUUACUGAGGAAGAUGCAGAAAACUUUCAGGAUCCCUCUGGUGAAUUCAAGAAAAUCCCAUCUCUCUUUGAGAUAGUUGUGAAGCCUACUGUGGAUUUAGCCCACAAGAUUGGGAAAACGUAGGUAUUAGAAGUAUAAAAGUUGUGCAUGGUUUUAAUGAGGCAAUAAGGAAGUUCAGGAAAAUGAUGGCAUUAUAGUAAUCUUACAGGACUGGUUAAAAAGAGAAAGAGAGAGUUACAAGCACAAUGACCCUAGAAUAUAACAGUGGUGGCAGGCAUAGUUUGCCACUCUUAGCUGAAGUGGCAAGUAGUUUCAGGCAUACCGGUAGAAGGCUGCAUUACGUUUUUUAGGAGAAAAGAGCUAAAACUGUAUUUAUAACCUUGCAUAGAUCUAGUAUGUCUGAUUGAAAUAACACCUUAGUGAAAAAUUUGUGUAAUUAUUGCCUACCUAUUUUGAUCUAAAAUUUGGCCUAUAUUUAAAAACUAAUUGCAUAUUGUUGACAUCGUUUUCAGAAAAAUGAAAACUACUGGUUGUCCAGUCAGUCUCAUUUAAAAUAUACCGUAUUUUUCACCCCAUAGGACGCACUUUUCCCCCUCCAAAAAUGAAGGGGAAAUGUGUGUGCGUCCUAUGGGGCGAAUGCAGGCUUUCGCUGAAGCCUGGAGAGGGGUCGGUGCGCACCAACCCCUCUCGCUCUCCAGGCUUCGCGCAGAUCGGCUUGGGGAGAGUUGCCUGUUCUGGGGGCUGGGGUCAGGGGAAGCUCGGGCUUCCCCCGCCCCAGCCCCGCGCCUGGGGGGGGGGAAAUAAUUACCCCCCGUUAUUUCCCCCCCAAAAAACUAGGUGCACCUUAUGGGACGGUGCAUCUUAUAGGGCGAAAAAUAUGGUAUGUAUUAAGGAAUGUCUCAAAUCUCGCUUGUUUGUAUUUCAUAUGUUUACCUUUUAUAAGAAGAGCUCCUUAUAAGGAGAACAGUUGCUUUUCAUCUUUUUAUUAGGCACCUAAGUAUUUGAAGACUUCAGUCAUGCUCCUUGUAAUAAUCCAAAGUUCACCUGUUUAUGGUCUGGUGAAAAAACCAAACUGAAUGGUAGUGUUCCCUUCUAAGAGAAAGCAAACUAAUUUUGACAAAAUAGAGCAUGUAGCCAUUUUCAGACUCUUGACCACUGUGCUACUCAUAACUUGCUUAUAGUUUAUACUUAUAUAAAAGUGGUAUUGACCUAACUUUCUGUCUUGCAGUCCACCAGCAUUCUAUAACAGCACAUCACCGCCAGGACCAGAGUUUGAAGGAAAUGAUCCACAUAUGUAUAAUACAGAAUCGAGCCCAGGACAUAAUGGACCAGCAGGGCUCCCAGGUUCUCCUGGGCAUCCUUGCAUAGGUCUAGGAGGGCCGCAGAGUCCGCCUUUGCAGCCAGUUCCUCCGGGUUACCUAGGACCACAGGGUCAAGCCGGUGGACCAAUGCAUGGACAGCAGGGUGGGCCACCUUUGACGCCACCUGGUUCAUCAUAUGGCUGUGCAGUUGCUCAAGAACAUAUGGCAAACAUGCCCAGAGACAAUCAUUGCCUACCUGGUCCACCAUAUCAGCAAAUCCCCGGUGAACGGCUGCCAAAUACUUGUUACGAGUCCCUUCAGAAUCCAGCCAAUUUCUAUGAUAAUUACUAUUCACAUCAGGCUGUACAUAACUUUCAGACAACCAAUAACACUGGUGGUAAGUUUUAAUGUAUAAAUCUUAUGUCCUUAGUUAGAAGUAAAGAAUUGUGUCUCAUGAGAAUGGGAGCUGUAUUAUAACUCAAAAUCACCUAGUCUUGGGCCCUUCUCAUUCAAGAUUUAUAAAAGUAUUCCCAAAAUACUCAUUAUGGGGGGGCAUGUGUGUGUAGGAGGGGAGAACACAGACUUUUGAAAGUGCGGUAUGCUUCUGUAUACUCUGCACACACCCUCUUCUUGAAUUCUUGUAUGGGGGACUCAGGACACCCUAGCUCAGAUGUGAAAGAUAAAUUAUGCCUUCCCACCCUCCAGGAUGCUUCUAACUUUUCCCCAUAAGCAACUACUCAGUGCACAAGUCUCCAGUAGUCUCCAUCUCUUCACCUGACAAUCUUCCCCCUGGCCUUUCCUAAGUGCUUGAGGUGCCUUCCAGCAGCAGCAUCUAAAACAAAUAAGCAUUCUGGCCAUACCUAGAGGGACAUGUAGUGGCUUGGAUGCUACUUCAUAGGGAAAGGCCAGUGGAAUGGUGCUGCUACUUGAAGACAUGCUGAGCACCACUGACCAACCCUCUUCUUCCUCCUGCUCUGGGCUUUCCUGCUCUAGAGCAGAUAAGAGCAGUUUGGGAUAGAGGUUGAUGAUGUGGCCACACAGCUUCCAAGGGACACCCCUGCCCCUGACUUCCUCCCAGCUUUGGAACUAGGGAGGUGGCAAGAACACCACACAGCUAGCAGUCCCUGCCCACCUUGCAGCUUAAGCAUUGGAAGGAAGGCUUGGUAACUCCAUGCUUGCUAGAGGGCAUUUGCACACUCAGCUGCGUUGAGGAUGGUGAGAGGAACUGAUGAAGCCUGUUUGCAUGUGAGAAAGUAAACCUAUCCACUGCCCCCUAGAAUUAAGCCUCUUAUAUGUACAGCCCUACCCCUUCAUGUGCCACCUUGAUGGCUUUUAUAGAAAUCUCAUCAAAUAGUACUUAACAUUUCUUUGUAAUUUCUGUUUAACUUAUGUUGAGGAUAAAUACUAAUUGUUUGUAAUACUGUCAAUGUAGAUGGUGCGUGGCAAGGAGAAUUUGCAGAUCAACAGCCUCACCACAUGUCUUCAGAUUCACAUAACAGUGGCAAUGAGUACGAGUCAGACUGUGCUACAGCAGCAGGCCACAGUUCAGCUAUUAAUGUACCAGAUUUUCUUCCUGCAAUGCAGAAAGCCCUUUUUGUAAGGCUUAGUCAAAAACAACAAGACGAUGGAGAGCAAAUGAGCAAUCAGUGUCAGAGAUCCCUGAGUAGAGAAGAAGGUAUUGUUCACAUUCUACACUUUUAAAAUAACAUGUUGUAACAUAGUUGUGUGCAUUUGCUGUUUCCAAAUGUUAGUGAAGAGUUUAGUUUACUUCCUACUGGUGUUUAUUUUCCUUGCAACUUUUACUAAAGUUACUUUCACACAUUGAAGAAUCCAGUUUGAUCCAAGGAAGGGGUACUGGGGCUGAUUCCAUUAUGGAGAUGAGUUAGUUUAUCCACCCGCCUGCAAAACUCACAGUAACAGAGUUGCUUCUUCUUCUUCUUCAUAAUAAUAAUAAUUUUAUUAUUUCUACCCUACCCAUCUGGCUGCCUUUCCCCAGCCACUCUGGGCUGCUUACAACGUAUUGUAGGCCCUCUGCAGAAGGAGGUGCCUAUAUUCUGCAAAACCUAUAACUGCUAAAUGAAAUUCUUGUUCCAGUUUCAGCAGCGAAGAAGAAAAUUGAUUAUGUAAAUAGUUGGUAUAAAAGGAAAAGGUACAUAUUGACAGAAAUGGCAGAAGUUCAUGAGAACAAAGAAAUGAAGGUUCAUUCAAUCCUUAGCAGAGCUCUGUAAAAUGGAACUGAGAGUGAUAUGGAGAGGUGAAUUAUAAGUUCAGUCAUACAGACAUUUCUUCUUGAAGCUGCUAUAGAAGGAGGCAGUGGUUUCCCUCUCCCAGUAACAUGUCUGAGCUAGAUUAUUCUGUCCCAGUAUCCAGACUUUAUUCUCAUCCAAGCAGUGUAGCACUGAGCUAAACUUAGAUCUGAAAGUUGAGUGACUAGAGUUAGAUUACUGCAAUGUGUUAUAUGAAGAUGAUUCAGAAACUUCAGCUGGUGCAGAAUUUGGUGGCCAGAUUCCUCACUGGGGCAAGAGGGUUUGAGCAUAUUCAAAGUGCUGGCUUUGAUAAAGCAUUAAGUGAGCAUAGCUCAAAUCAGUGGCUCAUGAGACUGUUAAUCUCGGGUUCAAGCCUCAUGUUGGGCAAAAGAUUCCUGCAUUGCAGGGGUUGGUUGACCCUCGUGCUACUUUCCAACUUCAUAAUUCUAUGAUUCUGUGGACUGGCUCAGGACCACAAUACCUCAAGGACAGCCUCUCCCUAUAUGAACCGAACCAGACCCUUCAAUCAUCAUCUGAGGUCCUUUGUGUGCCGCCUCCAUAAGAGGUCCAGAGGGUGGCAACAUGAGAAUGGGCCUUUUCUGCAUUGGCUUUUCUGCAGUUUAUGGAAUGCUUUCCCCAGAGAGGCUUGCCUGGUGCCUUCAUUGCAUAUCUUUAGGUACCAGGCAAAAAAGUUUGUCUUUAAACAGGCUUUUGGCUAAUUAACAUUCUAUAUCCCUUUAAAGGUGUUUGUGGGAGGAAGGUUAUUGCUUUGUUUUUGUUCUUGUUUUUAUUAUGUAUUUUGUGUUCUCAUUUUGCAUUUUUAUGUUGUGAACCUAUGAUCUUCAGAUGAAGGGCAAUAUACAUAUUUAAUAAAUAAAAUAAAUAUCACUGACAUAAGCUAAGAGAUGGCAACAGACUAUGGUUAAAUAAUUUUCCCCACUCACUUACUACCAUAUUUGUCAUCCUAAUAGGAAAUUAGAAUUCCUUUCUUUUACAUAAUCUGGUUUUAUUAAAAAGAAUUCCCAACACUAUUUAGGAAAUUCUGUUUUGUUUAUCUUAGGAGAGAAAAUAUACACUAUGGCUACUGAAAUUUGUAUGGUGUCUUGUCUUUCUAGAUGAUAAUGUAAACUGGUACUCCAGUAGUGAAGAGGAAGAAGGAAGCAGUGUUAAAUCAAUAUUAAAGACCUUAAAGAAACAAAGUGAGACAUUAAGGAAACAGCAGCAGCAGGCAGCAGACCAACAGCUUCGUGUUAUGCCUACUGACCCAAGACUUGCUAAAGAGCGAGGUCAAGGAAGCCAAGCUGUUGAUCCCAGGCUAAGAUCAGCUUCAAGAUCAAAUGCUAGAAAACCAUCAGAGUCAGGAACCUUGGACCCAAGACUUGCACGAGAUCCUAGAAUUUUAAAGAGCAGCGAAAGCAGUCAUGCUAGUUCAUCUGCUAGUGGAGCAAACCCUGGUGUCAAGACUAUGCAAAAAGGAUUAGAGGAGGAAGAAGAGGAUGGAGAACGGGAGCUGAGAGAGAGAGCUUUCUUAAUACCAUUGGAACCUCUGCCUGGAGUAACACUACGGGAUCCAAGAUCUCAGCUUAGGCAAUUCAGCCAUAUUAAAAUGGACAUUGUUCUGAGCAAACCCAACUUUGCUAAGCAUAUUGUAUGGGCUCCUGAAGACUUACUCCCCGUACCUUUGCCGAAACCAGACCCAGUAUCUUCAAUCAACUUACCCCUUCCUCCGCUUAUAGCUGACCAACGAUUUAAUCAAUUACGGAAUAUCAAAAGUGAUCCCAUCCCAAGUACAAUACCAUCUGACCCAAGAUUAGCAGCAAAAGCAAAAAAUAGUACACAUUUAGCAAACAGAAGUGUCUCUUUGGACCACUCUACAGAUUCUCAUCCUGGUAGCACAAGCAAAUUGGGAGACCCUCGCUUGCAGAAAACAAUUGAUCCCAGGCUCCACAGACCAUCCAGUACAGACUCUCACCAUGCAGUAGUGAAGGACUUUUUGCCUCCAAAGACUGACCCCAGGUUAGCCAAAUCCAGCACUGGUACAUCACAGUCCUCAGAAGCUUCAGCCUUUCAUUCUGAUUCGGAUGCGUUACCCCCAUAUGCACCUAAGCUAUCAUCUGCCACUGCUAAACUGGGCACCCCCAGCUCCUUAUUAAGUGGCAUUAGCUUGUAUGAUCCAAGAAAUCACACUCCAUCAGACCCCUCUCCAGUUAAUUCAGGGGAGAAUGGAGAGAACCUGAAGAAGGGUAUUUUGAAAAAUGCUGGCCAAAAUGAAGCUACGCUCUCAGAAGAACAGUUGCCUCAAAAAACAUCCCUGCACAUAGAAAAAUGCCUGGAAACAUCUGGAGAAGCCAUUCCAGAUAAAGUGGGCAGUAAAUCUCAGGCUAAACACUCCAGUGCUGCUCCAGCAGUACACAACCUUCCCAUUCAGGCUUUGUCAGGGUUAAUCAGACCACAGUACAGUGAUCAGAGGCCUGUAAGGCAGCCUGGGCAAAUCAGUCAAACGUCAGAGAGUGAUCCAAAUGGGGAAUCCGAUGACAAAUCACUGAAAGAUGUUUUCAAGACUUUUGACCCAACGGCUUCACCUUUUUGUUAG